CUUGGCGCUCGGUUGUCCAGCCUGCCGGUUGCUAGGAGGCGGGACGCCGGCCCGGCCAAGGGUGCGGGUGCCGGGGCGUCUCCUCCCGGGGCCUGGCCCUGCUGAGGGCAGCGUGGCCGCCCGGUCCUGCGUGCGGCGAUGGAGCCCGGGAAGAGAAGAACCAAAGAUGAUACUUGGAAAGAAGAUGAGCUCAGAAAACACCUUUGGGCCGCUCGAUCAGCCAGUCCCACGGAAGAGACGAGGCCCAGAGCCAGGAAGCCGCGGAGGGAGUUAGAGGCGGACCGGGCGGACCGCAAAGAGCGCAGACCCAGCGCCCCAGACCGUGACGCCGAGUACAGAGAGAGCGCGGCCGAGAGGGACGGCCAGGCUGCCGGGGGGCGCCCCCGCGGGGACAGGGACAGGGACAAGCCGCGGGACAGCAGGAAGGACAGGGGCCGGCCACAGGAGAAGCACCAGGAGCGGGACGCGGAGAAGCCCCACGGCCGAGCGAAGGAGCGCAAGAGGGGCCGGGCGCGGCCGGCGGAGCUGCGGCAGGUGGCCGCGCACCGCAGCCGGCUGGGCGGCGACCGCGACUGCGACAGGGACCGAGACAGGCCCGAGCACAGGCGGGCAGUAAGUAAAGCAAAAAUUGCAGAGGGGGCACGGAGAGAUGAAGACUCUGAGAGAGGAGAUGAGGAGAGAGAAAGAAGAUACCGAGAAAGAAAGUUGCAGUAUGGUGACAGCAAAGACAAUCCUCUCAAGUAUUGGCUUUAUAAGGAAGAAGGUGAAAGACGACACAGGAAGCAGAAAGAGCCAGACAGAGAAAAGAAACAUCGAGAAAAAAGCAGCACAAGGGAGAAAAGAGAGAAGUAUUCAAAAGAAAAAAGCAAUUCAUUCUCUGACAAGGAAGGGGAAGAAAGGCAUAAAGAAAAACGCCAUAAAGAAGGCUUCCAUGUGGACGAGGAGAAGCGCCGAAGCAGCGUGGGCAAGAAGGAGCACAGGAGGAGGGAGGCCGAGAACGGUGAAUGCAGAAAUCGAGGUGCAAGUUCGAAGAGAGAUGGGACUGGAAGCGAGCAUGCAGAGAAUUUAGAGAGGAAUAAUGGGAAAGAUAAAGACUCCAGAAGGAAGCAUGGCCGCGAAGAGGGCCCCUCGGCGUGGAAGCUGGCCUGGAGGCAAGGGAGUGAAGAGGCCUUGGAAAUUGAAAAGGAAGACAUUGGCUUAGAAAAUGCUGGAGCUGAUGAAUAUGCAGCCAGUUUUGAAGAUGAUUUUGAAGGCUACGAGGAUGACUUUGAGGUCUGUGACGGGGACGAUGACGAUGUUGCACAUGAGCCUGAAUCAGAAGAGACAGCGGAAGAGCUUCCUCUGGCCAGAAGGAGGGAGAUACAGGAAAUUCAGAAAGCCAUCCAUGCAGAAAAUGAACGGGUCGGCGAGCUGUCCUCGAAGCUGUUUGAGAAGCAAGGCCGGACGGAGCGUGGCAGGGUGCCGGGGCCAGCUUCAGACGUUUCCCCCUCCGAAACCCCUGCUUGUGGGAUUUUCCUGGACUUUGCGACAGCCUCACGCCGCCAGAAGAGUCGGACUCAGGCCCUUAAGCAAAAGACACGCAGCACAAAGCUGCUCCGGCUUAUCGACCUGGACUUCUCCUUCACCUUCUCCCUCCUGAACCUCCCACCGGUGAACGAGUACGACAUGUACAUCAGAAACUUCGGGAAAAGAAACACCAAGCAGGCCUACGUUCAGUAUAACGAAGAUAACGUGGACAGGAAUGUCCAGACUGAAGAAGUUGAGACUCAGGAAAUGUGGACCCAGCACCCAGGGGAAGGCGCGGCCGUGUCUGGGGGGAGUGAGCGGAGCGGCCCCCUUGAUGCCGCCGCCGUCGUCCCGAAGGUCAACGCGCCCCGCCUGUGCAGCUUCCUCCGGGCCGCUUGCCAGGUGAUUGCGGUUCUGCUUGAAGAGGACCGGGUGGCGUCGGAGCCGACCUGGACACCCCGGGCGCAGGACUGCCUCCUGCGCUUCAGCGAUAGCUCCGCGCAGCUGAAUACCAGCUUGCCGUUCCUUCAAAACCGGAGAGUAUCCUACCUGCAUGCCUCUCAGGUUCAGAGGCGGAUGGUGGUGUCCGUGCACGGGCGACCUGGGAAAGCCUUCACGCCCCUGCUGGAUGGCAGAUACGUGCUCUGUGUGUGGGACAUCUGGCAGCCGUCGGGGCCCCAGAAGGUCCUGAUAUGCGAGUCGAAGGUCACGUGCUGCUGCUUUAGCCCCUUUAAAGCCUUCUUGCUGUUUGCUGGGACCGUGCACGGCUCGGUGGUCGUGUGGGAUCUGAGGGAAGAUGCCAGGAUCCAUCGUUACGUGAAGCUGAGCGGGUGCUUCUGGACGUUCAGGACCGCAACCUUUUCCACCGAUGGUGUCCUGACGUCUGUAAACCACCGCAGUCCCCUCCAGGCAAUAGAACCCAUCGCAGGGUCUGUCUGCAAAAGACAGAGCUGUGUGCUUUCACCGUUUUCUACUCAAGAAGAGCCAGCAGGCCUGUCCUUCCACGUCGCUUCCUUGGACGAGAGUGGGGUUCUCAACGUGUGGGUGGUGGUUGAAUUAGCAAAAGCAGAUACUGCAGGUGCAGUAAGUGACUUAGGUUUACUACCUGGAGGGAGGAUAAAGUUGGUGCACAGUGCCGCGAUCCAGCUGAGUGACAGCCUUUCCCAUAAAGGUUAUGAGUUUUGGGGCUCCACACAGACACUGAGCGUUAAAUUUCUGCCUUCAGACUCUAAUCGCUUCGUUGUUGGCACAGACACGGGCCUCAUCAGCCAUGGCACCAGACAAGACAUGAGAGUGUCUCCCAGGUUGUUCAGGCCCCAGCAGCAGGGCAUGAGGCCGGUGAAGGUGAACGUGAUUGACUUUUCACCGUUUGGAGAACCGAUAUUCCUGGCCGGCUGUUCUGACGGGAGCAUCAGGCUGCACCAGCUGACGGCCGAGCACGCGCUCCUGCAGUGGGACGAGAGCACCCACGGCCGCGCCGUCAUUGGCCUGCAGUGGUCCUCGACGAGACCGGCUGUGUUCCUGGUCCAGGACGACACAUCUUGUGUGUAUAUUUGGGACCUCCUAGAGAGCGAUUUGGGUCCUGUCGCCAAACAGCCCGUCUUUCCAGACAGCUCUGUCCCCAGGUGCUGCCACACUUAGGACUAUUACGUCUUCCUGAUGAAUCGGCCCUUCAUCACUGUGAAGGGGAAGAAGAUGUGGGUGUACGGGGGAUGAUGUCGGAUGUGCAAGUGGAAAUUUGAGUUUGGAUCUCAGGAAGAGACACCGAGCCAUAAGGGAAGACACACCCGUCUCUGCUUUGUAAGUGACCCCACCUGUGCGAGAUGAGCUGGCCGUUUCCUUUCCCCAGUUUGUUUGAUCGAAACAUGGCUGUUGUAAACUUUAUCCCUAAAUACCCUUGCUAGGUGAGUAACUGGACCAUGCAAUUUGUGUCGCACUAUUAAUGGUUUGCUUGAUCGAGUUAAUUACUGCAGGGGUGCACGGUGGUGGGAACUGCAGCUGACCAUCCCUGAGGGCUACCUCUGAUGGCCUCUCAGAUUAUGCAGCUGUUUCCUUCCCAGGAUUCUGGCCUCUUUGAAGAGCACCCAGCGGUGAGGCUUCCCACCUGUGCCUUCCAUCUCAGUCUCCUCGCUGUGGUCCAGUCGCAACAUCUAAUCACUCUGGAAUGACUGAAUGUUUCUGUUGUUUCUCUUUGACAUUGAUAUCAUAAAUAACAUUGUGAUGACUAUUCUUGCACAUAAAUCGUGUGCACAACUGAAUACUUAAAUUGGAAAAAUUCCUAGAAAUGGAAUUACUGGGCCAAAUGAAAUGAACAUUUUAAAGUUAGAAUAUCUUUAAGGUUUAUAGAGUAAAUAUGGAAUAAUAACAUGCUAUAUGAUAUGAGUUGUAUUGUAUUAUG